UACUCCGGUACUACGUACACAGCCACUCAGAUGAAGUUAGACAUGCCAGAUUGAUUAGACAAGCCCGGCAUAUGACAUACUGGACAAGAGCAUUUCACAUGUGUACAGAGGUAUUCUGUAUCGUUGGCGGAAAACAUAGUGCUCAGAGUGCCGGAGUCAUUCGUCACAGUGGAGGGCGGGCAGGCGGACGGGGGAUCGAAGCAUGUACGAAUGACUCUGACAGUCUCCAAGAUCACCAAACUGGCACCCAAAGAGGUACCGGUACUUCCAGUAUAUAUGACGACCAGCACCAAUCCGAAGAAUUCGGGGCCCAUAUAAGCUUUUGAAAAGAGUCAGAGACGCAUCUAGAGAACGCCGGAGUCUAUCGCCAAAAUGCCACUCGGUCCGCUGGUGACGGCUAAGCCAGUACGGCUAUUUGAGUUUUGUGACUUGGACAUAUUCCCCGAAUACAUACGCGCCAGAAUCCACAAAAUGCUGCAUCUCCUCUGGACGCAUCAUAUACCAUAUAUCCAAGACCAAGCCGCCGCAGACAUUGCCGCCGGUAUUGUCUGCGCUGUUCUUGACAGCCCCAGCUUUAAUACCGACCAUAAUACACCAACAACACCAACAACACCAACACCACCCAACAUUACUCACAAUCCCAAAACACAAACACCCAAUGACAAAAAGACCCUGAUUCUCGAUUUCUGCUCCGGCGCAGGCGGCCCCACUGCCGUCAUUGAAAAGCGCGUCAAUGCCCGCCGCCACCAGCGCGGUAUGCGGCCCGUGUAUUUCCAGCUAUCUGAUCUUCGGCCCCAACUUGAGUCCUGGACGCAAUUAGCUUGCGGGCCGAAGUAUCUCCGGUUCGUCGCUCAGCCUGUGGACGCAGCUGCUCCGCCACGGGCCUUUUUGGCGGGGGAGGAUAUAUCUCUAUCAAACACGGUGGAUGACUAUCACGACAAACCGAAAAACGACACCGAAAAGAACAACGCGCUCAGCAGGACAAAAGGUAGUAGUAGGAGUAACAGAGCUAAAGUGGUACAUUUGUUUUGUCUCGGGUUUCACCAUUUCGACGACACGACGGCGCGGAAAGUAUUGCGGAAUUCGAUGAACAGUGCUGAUGCGUUUGUCAUCAUCGAGCUACAAGACCGACAUCUAAGUUCAUUCAUCCUCCUUCUUAUUCUGACUAUCCCGCUCCUCGCGGUCGUGACGCCGCUGUGGUGUCCGUUUGACGACUGGGGAAUGCUCUUCUUCACGUACCUUGUUCCUGUGAUUCCAGUCGUGCUGGUGUUUGAUGGCGUGGUGAGUAGUUUGCGCACGAGAACGUUGGAGGAGGUUGUGGAUUUGGUGCGGCCGACCGCCACUACCGCCGCGGACAACAGCAUUCGUGGAAAGGAGGAGAAGGCAGAGGAAAAUAAGCAAACUGGCAGCACCGGUACAGGUCCUUUGGUCGAGGAUGACGUUGGAAAAUAUCAGCACGAGAAGAAAAUAAAUAUUAAUGGAUGGGAGUUUCGCGCUGGACACCGGAUGCAUUCCUGGCCGGUAGGGUAUUUGAAUUACAUUAUUGGGCAGCGGAGACUAUGAGGUUCAUAAGGACAUGUCUUUCUCCUUCAUCUCUGUCUCGAAAUCUGCAGACGCGUAUAUGGAUGCUUUGGGAUAUAAAUCACGACUAGCUUUUUGAAAAACAAGUGCGAAAGAAUGAAGACUC